AUGAUGAGCGUUGAGUUAUUCGGUUUUCAGUCAAUUCUUCUAAUCUUUCUGCGGCUGGCUCAGCUAGCAUUUGUUAUAACAGCAACCACAUCUUUUUUGAUAAAUUGUGGUGGAAAUAAGCCGGAUCCAAGAAAAAGUUCAGCGCAAUCUACAGGAAGUACUGGAGGAACCACAGGAGGACGUGGAGAUGAUGAUGACGAUGAUGAUGAGGAAGAGGAGAAGAAAAAAAGAAAGAAGAAAAAGAAGAAGGCUGCUGCAGCUGCGGCCAAGAAGAAAGCAGAGAAAGAGAAAGGAAAACUGCCUCCGGGAGCACCGAAACCUCCGAAGAAUCGAGCAGCGAUUGCUGAUACUCAUGAUCCAAACUAUCAAACGUUGGCAGGAUUAAAUGAUAACGUAUUCGAUCAGAAAGGAGGCGGUGGAGCACCAGCUGGAGGUGGAGGUCCUAAAGCGCCAGCAGCUGGAUCAAAACCUGGGAUGGCAGCUACACACGAUCCAAAUUAUCAAACACUGGCUGGAUUGAAUGACAACGUGUUUGAACAAAAAGGAGGUGGCGGUGGAGGUGGCGGAGCUCCAGGAGCUCCCAGGCCACCCGCUCAAGCUGGUGCAAAAGCAGCAACUAAUGACCCUAAUUAUCAGACACUUGCUGGGCUCAACAACGAUGUCUUCGCUAACAAAGGAGGUGGCGCUGGAGGUGGCGCUGGAGCUCCACCCGCUCCAAAAGCUCCAGCUCAACCCGGAGGAAAAGCAGCCACUCAUGAUCCUAACUAUCAAACUUUGGCCGGUCUGAAUCAAGACGUUUUCGGUGCUGAUAAGAAAAGAUAA